GGGUCUGGGGUACGACCUGGAGAUGACUUUGAGCCUUCCAAAGUACCACUACCCAGCCAAACUAAAGCAGCUGCUUCCACAACUCCUGAAAUCCCCCAGUUUCGGCACUCACAGUGAUGUGGCUAAGAUCCAAAGCCAGCUGAAGACUCCACUAAGUUGGAGGAAUUAUGAGGAGAAGUUUCGGCUGCUUUUACACCUAGAAGAGCUUCAGAUGGAGCAAGACAUCCGCCACUAUGACUUGGAGUCUGUCCCCAUGAUCUGGGACCCAAAGGACCGAAACCCCCCGCUCCUCACCUUAGAGGUUCCUGGAGUUGCUGAGAACCGUCCCUCUGUGCUUCGAGGGGACCACCUAUUUGCCAUCCCAACCUCAGAUCAGGGCCAGGAUGCCGUCACUUACAGGGGCUUUGUACAUCGGGUAGAGUUGGAUAGGGUCAAGCUGAGCUUUGCCCCAGG